UCCUCUAUGUAAACCUGCUUACCUUAAUAUAUCAUCCACGAAUAACUUAGUAUAAUGGUGGAUUCUUGAAGAGAAGUGAACAAGCAACUGAGGACAAUAAGUUAUAUGUUUUUUAAUUAAUUAGUUUGUUAAUUUCAAGGUUUGUGCUCCGGAACCUUUUGUUCGUAGUGUCUGCGGCGUCACUACGAACAGAAUUCACUGACGGACCAACACAAACCAACGUGUGUGAGCUGACAACUGUCUCAGGAUAAAUGUAGAUAUCAGGAGCACUCUCAUGCUGAUUGAAAAGGCCUGCAGAUUUGGAGGACGUGUCAGGUCUUGUGUAGUCAAACCUUUGGCCCGUCUUUUCACCUGUCCCAGCAACAUGGCCAAGAGCAAGUUUGAGUAUGUCCGCAACUUUGAAACAGACGACACUUGUCUACGAAACUGCUACAUUGUUGUGAGGCUGGAUGGGCGCAACUUCCACAAGUUUGCAGAGCAGCACAAGUUUACAAAGCCCAAUGAUAACAGGGCCUUGGGCGUGAUGACCCGGAGUGCUCGCUCUGUCAUGGAAGAGCUGGAGGAUAUUGUCGUCGCUUAUGGUCAAAGUGACGAGUUCAGCUUUGUUUUCAAGAGAACCUCCACCUUCUUUAAGAGGAGAGCCAGUAAGCUCAUGACCCACGUGGCCUCCCAGUUCUCCUCCUCAUAUGUGUUUUACUGGAAGGAGUUUUUUGGGGAACAGCCCCUCUUGUACCCCCCCGGCUUUGAUGGACGCGUGGUCCUGUAUCCUAGCAACCGCAACCUCAGAGACUAUCUCAGCUGGAGGCAAGCAGAUUGUCACAUAAAUAAUUUGUACAACACAGUGUUUUGGACUUUAGUACAAAAGGGGGGACUCACCACAACCCAGGCAGAGGAUCGCUUAAAGGGAACAUUAGCUGCAGACAAGAAUGAGAUCCUGUUCUCUGAGUUUGAUAUCAACUACAACACUGAGUCUGCCCUCCACAGGAAAGGCACCACUCUCAUCUGGGAAAAGCGAGAUGAAACGGUCACCAAACGCAUGAAGCGACCCAACGAAGAGGAGAAGGAUGUGGCGGUGACUCGCAGCAGGAGGAGGGUGAACGCCCACCACUGUGACAUUAUAGGAGACCAGUUCUGGGAGGAACACUCGGACAUCCUGGAGGACGACAACUGCUAACGGCGGGAGAAAAAUACUGAGCUGAGUCGAGCCAGAGCGGUCGAAGUGGACCCAUACAAGCAGUGGACGGAUGUGGAUGAACGACUGUGUGUCAAAAAAACACACUACCCAUGAAGCAUAAUGCCCUUAAAGAGCUUUUUCUCAGACUUUGAUGACUGACUUUGUAUGAUUCCUUUCUCAUAGCCGGAACAUAUUCUUUCUUUCAUGUAUUAAACUUCUAUCAUAAUGUUCCCUUGAAGCAGGACCAUUUCUGCGUAAAUUGAUGAUGAUGCCUGUCAUGCUCAAAGGGAAGCAGAUGAUUUCAUAAUCUUUUAGAAGCAGGAUGUUGAGGACAAACACAGCAGUGUGAAACUGCCCCAGAUACUCCUAGUCUAGUGCAUGUAGCUCUACUAAGGUUGCUAUUCCAAAAAUAUAUCCUCAAAUGAUAUCAUGAAUGACAUUUAAAUACUACCAUCACUUGAUCUUUCAGCAUGUUUAACAUGAUUCCUCUUGGCUCACUGGUUUUUGCUGGGUUUGUUUUUUUUUUAAAUCUGUGUGGGCAUUUUUGAAUCUCAACUAUCCGUUUUGCUCAGGAGUUGUUAAUGUCUGAAUUUU